AUGCCGUAUGUGGACAAAACGGAGGAGUUCUUCAAAGCGGUUGAACGACUGAGCAAUGAGAACUUGGACUUUAGGAAGGAUAGGAAUGUUGGUCAAGACACGGAGGUGAAUGAGCUGGCAUCGAAAAUCACGGACCUGCUGCACAGGGGCAACCAAAAGUUGCAAGAGUUGGAGCGAUGUGUCCGGCAGAAGGGAAUAUUCAACGACAAGACGUUACAAAUAGAAGAGCUAACCUACGAAGUUAAGCAGACCAUCACGGACGCUACCAACGACGUGGAUGCAUUAGUGCAGUAUGUCUGCAACCUGAAUAUCAGUAACCCGCAGGGGAAGACGCACCUGAACAAUAUUAUCUUCUCCCUAAAAAACCGCCUUUUUGAGUUUACGAAGAAAUUUAAGGAUGUGUUGCACAUUCGGAGUGAGCACAUAAAAAAACAAGUGAAUCGCAGAAACAUGUACUCCUACACGACGACCGAGUCGACAUUCAGCAACAACAACUACAAAUUCACACCCCUUCGAGAUAUCGACAUUGAGAGUGGGCAGCAGCAGACCUUGAAGAUGCCUGAAAGGACGUCCUAUUUGCACUCCAGAGCGGAUGCAAUGGAAAACAUACAAAAGAUAAUCGGGGACCUAGCGCAGAUGUUCCAGAAGGUCGCAACGAUGGUGACACAGCAGGAUGAAAUGAUUCGGAGGAUCGACGAGGACAUUGACACUUCCCUUUACAACACGAGGGAGGGGCAGAACUACCUCCUCUCGUACUUCAACCGGCUGACGUCGACGCGGACCCUGAUACUACAGGUGGGUCUUUGCAUGAACAGGGGGUAG